AUGUCUACCAAACUGAUACAAACAUGGCAGACCAAAGAGGACCAAAUACGGAAAGAGGUUGUGGACCUGAUCGCAAGAACGACCCACGUGGAGUCACAGUGCAAAGAAAUUGCCGUGGCACAUACUAAUAUGGCGGACCAAGUGCAAGCAUUGCACCAAAGACUGGACCUCAUGGAAUCCCACUUGGCUGACUUGGAAGACAAGGCACGGAGGAAUAUUCUCCGCUUACGGGGCAUCCCUGAAUCCGUCCUCCCCUGCAACCUCCAAGUAUAUGUACAAGAUGUCCCAGCGGACAUGGUGCAGGUGGACCAGGUCCAUAGGGUACCAAAACCCCAUUAUUUACCUGAUUCAACGCCGAUAGAUGUACUCCUCAGGGAACACUAUUUUCAUAUCAAGAAAAUCAUUAUGAAAUCACGCCGAAACAAACCCCUUCCCCACGAGGAUUGCCCCACCGUGCGAAUUAUGGUGGACCUGUCGACAGCAACUUUACGACGCAAAAAAUAG